GCCCGAUUUAAACACUCCUCGCAAACACGCACAGAGUCGCCGACGCCAACGCACGCCGCCGCCCUUGAAGUUGGGAUCCGCCAUCGCCGACGAACCUAACCGCCGCCGCCACUGCCGCCUCCUUACCCUAAUUGUGCUUCUCUCUGGACGCCGGCGUAUUUUCCUUCAUCGAUCCUUCUGAGGAAAGGCUGCCCUUUCUCGUUCUCUCGAUAUAUUUUCCCGAAGAUGUCUCGGCUUUGCGUCAAGAAUUUGCCCAAGUACGCCGAUGAGAACCGGCUCCGGGAGUUCUUCUCUCAGAAAGGGGAGGUCACUGAUGCUAAACUCAUGCGCACUAGAGAUGGAAAGAGUCGGCAAUUUGCAUUUAUUGGUUUCAAGACUGAGAAGGAAGCUGAAGAUGCGCUUAACUAUUUCAACAAUUCUUACAUGGACACAUGCAAAAUCACAUGUGAGGUUGCUCAUCGAGUUGGUGAUCCAAAUAUUCCUCGUCCAUGGAGUCAUUACUCUGCAAAGAAAGUCAGUACACAUAGUCCAAAUGAUUCAAAUAAGAAGAGUGAAAUGAGGGUUUCCAGCUCAACUUCUGAUGACUCUUCGCUUAAGCAAAAAAAUGCCAAGCCCAGUGAAUAUGAAGAUCCUAAAUUUAGAGAGUUUCUUCAAAUCAUGCAGCCACGAUCAAAACAGAAGAUGUGGGAUAAUGAUACUUUAGCUCCUUCUGAUGCAAUUGUGAAAGAUGGAAAUGUUGACCAAGAAAAAGGGAUUUCAUUAAGCCGUGGAGAAAGAGUCUCUUCUGAAACAGUAGACAGGGUGCAAUUAAAUGAAGAUGAUAACACAACAGAUAUGGAAUAUUUUAAGAGUAGGGUCAAGGCAAAUUGGUCGGAUUCAGAAGAUUCAGAAAUAGAAGGAGAUGCAUCUGAUGGUGAGCCUAGUAAGCCUGAUGUAAAUGAUGAGAUGAUUGAUAUGUCUGGUAUUGAUCAAGCCCUAAUGCAAGUGGAAUCUUCAAAAACUUUCAUUGAGGAGAAGAAUGACAAUGAGAUCCCUAAUUCAUCAUUUAAUGAUGAGUAUAAGCAGGAAUUAGAAACUGGCCGAUUGUUUAUCCGCAAUCUUCCAUAUACAGCAACCGAAGAUGAUCUGGCAGAACUUUUUAGCCAAUUUGGUGAACUGUCAGAGGUUCAUCUUGUUGUCGACAAAGAUACAAAAAGAUCUAAAGGAAUAGGUUAUGUCCUUUAUGCACUUCCUGAAUCUGCAAUAAGGGCACUGGAAGAAUUGGACAACUCAAUAUUCCAAGGCAGAUUGUUGCAUAUUAUGCCUGCUAAAGGGAAAAAUCCAACUAGUGAAAAGAUUGAGUCUGAACAUGCAACUUCUAAAAAGAACUUGAAGCAGCUACGUCAAGAACAGAGGAAGGCAUCUGAAGCUAGUGGUGAUACACGAGCAUGGAAUGCUCUGUUCAUGCGUCAAGAUACAGUAGUAGAACACAUUGCAAGGAAGCAUGGUAUCAGGAAAAGUGAUCUCCUUGACAAUGAAGCAAAUGAUCUUGCUGUACGUGUAGCUCUAGCAGAAACACAUGUGAUAGCAGAAACAAAAAAGGCUCUGUCCAAUGCUGGAGUUAACAUUAAGGCAUUAGAAGAAUUUGCUUCUAAGAAGGCUGAAAAUUCCAAAAGAAGCAAUCACGUGAUAUUGGUUAAGAACUUGCCCUACACUUCUAAUGAAGGAGAUCUUGCUGGCAUGUUUGGAAAAUAUGGGAGUCUGAACAAAGUUGUUCUCCCACCUACAAGAGUCUUGGCCUUGGUAGUUUUUCUUGAAGCUGGAGAAGCUCGUGCUGCUUUUAAGGGUUUGGCUUAUAAACGAUACAAGGAUGUACCGCUAUACUUGGAAUGGGCUCCUACCGACAUUUUAUCUCCUAGCCCAAAGUUGAACAAUGAAGAACAAAACAAUGUAGUGGGUGAAGAAAAACUUAACAAAGUUUUAAUUCGGCAAGCUGUGGAAGGAAUAGCGGAAGAAGAAAUUGAUCCUGACAAGGUUGAGUCACGGUCAGUAUUUGUCAAGAACCUGAAUUUCAAGACUACCGACGAGUUACUAAGGAACCAUUUUAGUGACAAAAUGAAGAAUGGGACACUUAAAAGCGUAAAGGUGAAGAAGCAUGUUAAGGGUGGCAAGAAUGUCUCUAUGGGUUUCGGGUUCAUCGAAUUUGAUUCCGUGGAAACUGCUACCGAUGUAUGCAAGGAUCUACAGGGAACUGUCCUGGAUGGCCAUGCUCUUAUCUUACAACUUUGUCAUUCAAAGAAAGCCAGUGAGGCACCCAAAAACGAUGAGAAAAAUAAGAGCUCAACGACACUAAUGGUGAAAAAUGUUGCAUUCGAGGCAACAGAAAAGGAUUUAAAGCAGCUUUUCAGUCCAUUUGGUCAGAUCAAGAGCUUGAGGUUGCCAGUGAAGUUUGGUGGCCACCACAAGGGUUACGCAUUUGUCGAGUACAUCACGAAGCAAGAGGCCCAAAAUGCAAUGGAGAAUCUGUCGAGCACACAUCUCUACGGCCGCCACCUGGUCCUCGAACGAGCAAAAGAUAAAGAGACGAUGGAAGAUCUAAGAGCAAAGGCGGCUGCUCAGUUCGCAGAUGGACACAAUGUCCUGUCCAAGAAACGAAAACAAGAUACUUUGGCAGAGAAAGUCGAGAAGAUUGCAAGAAUAUUGUAGUUCUUCUGAAUGUGGUUGUAUCUGUUUUGCUCUACUUCUUAAAACUAAUUUAACAUGUAACAAAAAGAAAAUGUUGUAAGAAAUUUUGUUUGAAGUGUAAGUUGUGGUAAUUGUGAUUUUAAACCAUUUGCGGUUUUGUUUAAA